UGCUUUUCACGGUCCUGCAAUUGCUUGUUCUGCUUGUUGAUUUAAUGGGAAGUGGUGGUGGUGAGAGCGUCUACGGUGAGUUCACCUAUGAGAACCUCGAGAGGGAGCCCUACUGGCCCUCCAAGAAGCUCCGGAUCUCCGUCACUGGUGCUGGAGGCUUUAUCGGGUCCCACAUUGCCCGCAGGCUCAAGAGCGAGGGCCACUACAUCAUCGCCUCGGACUGGAAGAAAAAUGAGCACAUGACAGAGGACAUGUUCUGCCAUGAGUUCCACCUCAUGGACCUUAGAGUUAUGGAUAACUGCCUGAAGGUCACUUCUGGGGUCAACCAUGUGUUCAAUCUCGCGGCUGAACUCGGGGGCUUGGGCUUUGUUCAGUCGAACCACUCGCUCAUCCUCUAUAACAACACAAUGAUCAGCUUCAACAUGCUCGAGGCUGCCAGGAUCAAUGGAGUCAAGCGGUUCUUUUAUUCCUCAAGUUCUUGCUGUUACCCUGAAUUCAGGCAGUUAGAGACCAAUGUUAGCCUGAAGGAAUCUGAUGCAUGGCCAGCACAGCCUCAAGAUGCUUACGGGUUAGAGAAGCUCGUAACUGAAGAGCUGUGCAAGCACUACACUAAGGACUUUGGGAUUGAGUGCCGUAUUGGCCGAAUCCACAACGUCUACGGACCUUUUGGUUUAUGGAAGGGUGGCAGGGAGCACGCCGGGGCUGCUUUCUGCAGAAAAGCCAUCACUUCCACCGAUAAGUUUGAGAUAUGGGGCGACGGGAAACAAACCCGUUCCUUCAUUUUCAUUGAUGAAUGCGUCGAGGGUGUCCUCAGAUUGACAAAGUCCGAUUUCAGAGAGCCAGUGAACAUUGGAAGCGAUGAGAUGGUCAGCAUGGACGAGAUGGCUGAGAUAGUCUUGAGCUUUGAGAGAAAGAAGCUCCCCAUCCACCACGUUCCUGGUCCACAGGGCGUGCGCGGUCGGAAUUCUGACAACACCCUCAUCAAGGAGAAGCUUGGAUGGGCCCCCUCGAUGAAAUUGAGUGACGGGCUGAGGAUCACCUACUUCUGGAUAAAGGACCAGAUCGAGAAAGAAAAGGCUCAUGGCAUCGAUCUGUCGAUCUAUGGGUCAUCCAAGGUGUUGGCCACUCAAGCGCCUGCUCAGCUUGGGUCCCUCGGUGACGCUGAUCAAUAUGGCAACUAAUAAGUGCAGUGAUCACUUCAACCAGAAGAUUGGGAUAAUCAACUAGUUGUUCUUUCCGGUUGAGAGAAUGCCUUUUGUUGUGCAAUCAUCGGGUGGUCCUGAAGCUACUACAUAGAUCAAGCGAGUUCUUUGCAUCCUCUAUUGAUGUUCUGUAUUCCCGUAUUGUAAUAACAGAUCCGCGUCCGUGAACUAGUAUAGCGAAUGCUGGAUAUAAAAGAUUUCUCGAUAAACUAAGAUCAUUUAUUGGUCUUGGUAUCUAGUGAGAUCUUGAAAUAAUUGGCUUAGGCAAAUAAUUUGGAAGUAGAUGUCAUUAUUGCUUGUUUUCUAAGUUUUAUUUGUCACGGGUUUGGGUCUUCAAGCACCGACUUAUUAUCAGUUUGUGAGUGUAAGUGUCAACCAUAGCAUGGGCAGGAUAGUUGGAAUAAAUUUCAUUUCCAGACUUCGCUA